GGAGGCCGCAGCUGGAGAGGGGGGGCCCGAGGCGCUGAGUUGCUUCUCUUAUAACCAGGAUUGCACGUACUUCCCUGGCAAUUGGGACCAAAACUGGAUACAGACUUUUUUCCUUGAGUUCUGUGGAGCAGCUGGAUCAGGUCCAUGAAAGCAAUGAAAUCCCAGAUGUGUACAUUGUGGAGCGCCUCUUUUCUAGCAGCCUGGUGGUGGUGGUGAGUCAUAUGAAGCCUCGACAAAUGAAUGUCUACCAUUUCAAGAAAGGGACAGAAAUCUGCAACUACAGCUAUUCUACUAAUAUCCUCUCCAUCCGACUCAAUCGGCAGAGACUGAUAGUUUGCCUGGAGGAAUCUAUUUAUAUUCAUAAUAUUAAGGACAUGAAGCUUCUGAAAACAAUCCUGGAUACCCCUCUGAACAUAAAAGGUUUAUGUGCACUUUCUAUCAACCAUUCCAAUUCCUACUUGGCAUACCCCGGUAGUACUACUGCUGGCGAGAUUGCACUGUAUGAUGGAAACAAUUUGAAAGAUGUCUGCUUCAUUCCUGCGCAUGACAGUCCCCUUGCUGCCCUGGCUUUCAAUUCCACGGGAUCAAAACUAGCAAGUGCUUCUGAAAAAGGAACUGUCAUUCGUGUGUUUUCCAUCCCUGAAGGAGAAAAACUCUAUGAAUUCAGGAGAGGGAUGAAGAGGUAUGUGAAUAUCAGCUCUCUAGUGUUUAGCAUGGAUUCACAAUUCUUGUGUGCAUCGAGCAACACUGAGACAGUGCACAUCUUCAAGCUGGAACAUCUCACAGACAGCCGGCCAGAGGAACCCCCAUCCUGGAGUGGCUACAUGGGCAAGAUGUUCAUGGCUGCCACAAACUACCUCCCUUCUCAAGUGUCAGGCAUGAUGAGCCAGGACCGGGCCUUUGCCACAGUGCGCUUGAACUUCUCUGGUCAAAGGAACAUCUGUGUUCUCUCCACGAUCCAAAAGUUGCCACGACUUUUAGUUACAACGUCUGACGGACACCUUUACCUCUACAACUUGGACCCUCAAGAUGGGGGGGAGUGCGUUUUAAUCAAGACACACAGAUUGCUGGGCUUGGAGAAGACAGAAGAGAACAAAGAAAAUGAUCUCCAGCCUCCAGUACCUCAGACGUAUGCUGCAACAGUAGCCAGGCAAAGCUCCGGGCCUUCUCCUUCUAUGAUGCCAGGCUACUCAGAAGAUGGAGGAGCCCUCCGAGGAGAGAUUAUACCAGAGCAUGAAUUCGCCACUGGGCCUGUGUGUCUGGACGAUGAAAAUGAAUUUCCACCUAUAAACUUGUGCCGUGGAAGCCAGACGAGCAAAGGGAAGCGGUCAUGAGGAGUGGCAAACAGCAGAGCACAGAGCGGCGGAUGGGAGGUAGUUUGGAGAAUUAAAACAAAACAAAAAGAGGAACAUGGAAGAGCCCACAAGUGAGGGGGAGGCCAGAGCCCCUCCGAUGCUGUUAACACAGUAUGGUUUUUUUUGCUGAACUUUUCUGGCCCCUGGUGGGUGUGUUUUAAAGUGCUUCAUAGGUAUCAAUGUACUGUAUAUGCACAUUGCUCUAUAUAUGAGAACCACAGUGUAAAUUUCAUCCUGAUCGGAGUUGUAUGUAACCUGAAUUUUAUACACAUGCCUAGCCUUUUUCUAAUUUAUGUCAUGUAUAAAUGUACUUAUGAGAAGUCUACUGGU